GCGGAGCCCCUGACAGGACAGGGUCUGGUUGGCGCUGAGCGGCUGUCAUGAUCUCUGCAGCACCUCUCUACAGCGGGGUGCACAACUGGGCAGGCACUGAGCGGAUUCGCAUGUGCGGCCUCAACGAAGAGAGGAGAGCGCCACUUUCUGAUGAAGGAUCUAGUACCAGCAACUCCCAGCGCCUGGGUUCCUCUGAGUUCUGCGUUGGCAGCAGCUUUUCCAAGGUGGAGCUCACAGCCGUCUCAAGUAGUGGCAGCAGUGCCCAAGGGUUAGAGACAGAAGGCAUCGUGGAGGAGGAACUUGGGCCUAAGCUUGAGGAGCAGCCCUAUGAGCCAGCCUCUUCUGGGAAGGCCUUGAAGGGUGGCGAUGCCAGCCCAGACAAAGCUCAGGAGGCGGAACCCACAACAUCCGAGAGCAGCGGCCCGGACUGUAGCGCAUGGCCCUCUGCUAAGGAGGCGGUGGCGGAGGUUAGCCCUGCUUGCCCAAAGGUUCAGGAAAGCGAGCAGAUGGGGAGAGAGAGGAGCACCCCAGCAGCUGGUGCAGCCCUGACUUCGUCCACUGCGGCCACAACUGCCACCGCCGGCACCGGCAGCCCCAUGGCCUCUGCCCCAGCCACGUUCACCUUGAAAAGCGUCUGCUUCCCAGCGUCUCAGGCCCCCGCUAUGCAAAAAAUGGCCCUCUCCUUCCCUCCGGGAGCAGUCCUAGCUCCCAGCCAGCCUUUGGUUUACCUCCCGCCUCUUCCAAGCCCGCUUGGGGUCUCAUCGACACUCGCCCUGCCUGUCUUACCCCCUUUCCAGCAGGACUCUUGCCUGCCGGGUCUCCUGGCCCCCUCCGAACUGCGCUCCUAUCCCUAUGCCUUUUCUGUGGCCAGGCCUUUGGCUGUGGACUCCAAAGCGGUCUCUGUGGAGGCGAGCCAGCCGAGCGGGGGGCCCUCGUCCGGUGAGAACAGCAUUCCUGCUCCCCCGGGUCCUUCCCCUCCCACCAGCAGCUCGGACCGUUCGCCCAGCACUCCUGCCCUGGUGGCGUCCUGCGCCAGCGCCAUCCCUUUGUCGGGUAGCGGCAGUGUGCUUGCCAGAGCUCCGGCGGCCCCCGAACCGCUGACCCCGGGCGUGCUGACCAUCUCGCCCCUGAAAUCUCCCCCGCAGUUGGAGCGGGAGAUGGUCUCUUCCCUGGAAUGCAGCGAGAUGCCCCUGGACCUCUCCUCCAAGUCGAAUCGCCAGAAGCUGCCUCCUCCCAGCCAGCGCAAGACGCCCCCCAUGCCUGUGCUGACCCCCGUGCACCCGAGCGGCAAGGCGCUGCUGACGACGACCGCCCUCUCCAAGUCUCAGCGGGUCGCUCAAGCCAUGGGGAGCCCGGCGCCCGCCCCUGCCGCCCCCUUCGUCAUCUUCCCGGAGUUCUUGCGUAACGGGGAGCAGGGCGCCUGGGUGAAGAACUCCAGCGCCCUCAUCAGCACCAUCCCAGGCACCUAUGUCGGAGUGGCCAACCCGGUGCCAGCCUCUGUCUUGCUGGGCAAAGAUUCCAGUGUCGGAUUUAACAGGGACUCCCACCACCUUGCCAAGCAGGAGCCCAUUUCUAUUAUUGACCAGGGGGAGCCCCGGAGUGCUGGGCCCCCUUCUUCUGGGAAGAAGGGUCCUGUCGAAGGGCAGGCAGAUGCCCCAAAGCUGCUCCUCCCUGGGAGAGGCACCCCUGGCCCUCCUCUACGCCCAGCCAAGGACCUGUCGCUUUGGAAUCCUAGCCAAGGGACUGUUUACCCUCGGUGUUCCGUCAACGGGAAACCCGCCGGCUCUCAGCUUCUGCCAGUGGGAUGGCCCCACUAUCCCCAGGGGCCUUUGCUCUCCGUUGGCAUCUCGGCGGCUGGACUCUCUAAGCCAGCUGGUGCGGGUGAGCCGGCCAUCUUCCCUGCCGUGCAGCCCAUGGAGCCUGCUGCGGUGUCCCAGAAGGCACCAGAAGCCCCAUCCCAGGGCAAAGGUGGCAAGACGGCCUUGCCCAAUGCCGCCAGCCCUUUGUGUGUCUCCCCAGCUCUUCAAACCAAUCUCCCGGAUGUGAGGGGCUCCAAGGGGCUCCCCCCAAACUGUGGCUCAGACAGAAGAGAGACUGACUCAGCAGCCGAGGCCACCCCACAGCCUGAAACGCCCACGGACGGCUGCAGGCACAAGCGCCCCGGGGACCCAAAGCCUAAAAACCAGUUCUUAACGGCCUAUCUAGCCCAUGGCCUGCCCUUAGCGAGCCAGCCAAGUGUGCGGACGGGCUCGGAGUCGGCGCCUCCCACCGAGAGCCAGUGCAAGGACCCUUCGCAGCAGUGUGACCUGUCCCAGAACCAGCCCAGCACCGAGGUCGCUUCACACCCAGUGCAUCAGGUGGACCUCAGCCGGGUGAAGAAGGAGCGGGUGGAUCCGGAGGCCCCUUUGGCCCCAGUUUGCUUGCACGCUGCGUCUGCCUCGAGGGAUCUCUCCAAGGCGAAGUUCAAGGGGAUGGCCCACAUCAAGGUGGAGGGAGAAUUUCCCUGCAAGGCCAAGCGGCAGCAUGACGGAUCGGACCGGCCAGCCCACAAGAAAUCCAAGUGCCGAAUCAGCGAGGAGUCUGCAGCCACCUGCAAGUCAAACAGUCCCAAUCUGCAUACUCGCAAGUGGCGAAAGCAUCACGGCGACCUCCACGAGAUCAGCAAGCGAGAGGGUCGCUUGGGCUUCACAAAGGACCGGGGGAAUCUCCGCGCUAAACGCAAGCGGCGGAAGGCCUCUCCAGGACACCGCGGGCACAGCUGCGAAGAAGCCUAUGUUGAGAAGAAAGCAAAGAACAAUUUCCGGGACUUCAUCCCAGUGGUGCUAAGCAGCCGGACGCGCAGCCAGUCAGGCAGCAUGGGGGGCUCUUCGGCUGGUAUGCUUGGGGAAUGCGAUGGAGCCGGACAGGAUAUUGUACCAAUGUUGGAUGAAGAAGAGGAGGAGGAAGGCGACGGCAGUAACAGUGAUGAGGAAGAAGACGAACCGUCCCUGAAGCAUCGCCGGCUGAGAAAAUCCCACCACCUUGCCCCUCACUUGCGCUGCAGAGACAGAGAGCGAGACUGGUCUCGGUCUGAAAAGGGCACUUUAUACCUGAGCAAGAGCAGGGGUCUGUCUUGGCCAGUGGAGGCCACCAGGCAGCUGUGGGGCCGUAAGGAGGCCGAGGAAGAAAGCGGACACGUCAAGCGGAAGAAAAGAAGGCGGCAGAAAAGCUGGAAAUAUCCGACCGGAGAGUACUUGAUAGAGCGAGAGAAAGAAGAGCACACAAGCUGUUGCCACAAGCGGCGGAAAUCAAAAGCAGACUUUAAGUACCGGAAGCACAAGGGCUCAGCCUUGGGGAAGGGCUCUGAGCUGCACCUGAGAAGUCGGCUUCCUCCACCCCUCCAGGGGCACCUGGACUUCCACAACGGAUUCCUCUUGGAUCACCCCAACUCGUCUCCCCUUCAGGAGGUGCUAGAGAAACCCUCUGGGAAACGCAAAUGCAAAACCAAACACUUGUCAGGCAUCUGCGAAGAGGGGAAGGCCAAGGCACGGUGGAAUCAGUCCAAGACGACGCGUUCUCCAAAGAAGUCCCGGGAGGCAGGCUCGUACAGCAAGUCCCGGCAGCACAGCUCCGAGAGAGCCUCCGAGCACCCAGCCGCCCCACCGGUGCCCCCGGAAGCUCGACGUUUGAUAGUGAACAAAAACGCCGGGGAGACGCUGCUGCAGAGAGCUGCCCGGCUUGGCUACAAGGAUGUGGUGAUGUAUUGCCUGCAGAAGGAAAACAAUGAUGUCAACCACCAGGACAAUGCCGGCUACACAGCCCUUCACGAGGCUUGUGCCCAUGGAUGGGUAGACAUCCUCCAGAUCUUGUUGGAGCACGGGGCAAAUGUCAACUGCAGUGCACAGGACGGUACCAGACCCGUCCAUGAUGCAGCGGCGAACGACAACCUGGAGAUGAUGUGGCUCCUCCUCUCUUAUGGUGCUGACCCCACCCUGGCCACGUAUUCAGGACAGACCGCCUUGAAGCUGGCCAGCAGCGAGGGGAUGAAAACCUUCCUUAGCGAUUACCUCUCGGAUCUGCAGGGGCGAGCCGACGGGGAUCCCCGAACAGCUUGGGACUUCUACAGCAGCACCGUUCUGGAGGGGAAAGAUGAGAUCGGCUGCGACCUUCUGCUCAACCCUCCCGGGAGCUCAGAUCACGAGGAAGAGGAGGAUGAGCAGGACUCAGACCGCCUCAUGUUCGAGUUCUCCGACAAGCAGCUGCUGCCCUGCUACAACCUGCAAGUCUCCGUUUCCCGAGGGCCCUGCAACUGGUUCCUCUUCUCAGACGUGCUGAAGCGGCUGAAGCUGUCGUCCCGCAUCUUCCAGGCCCGCUUCCCGCACUUUGAGGUGACGGCCCUGCCGAAGGCAGAGUUCCAGCGCCAGGUGUCCCUGAGCCAGGUGUUGGCCCAGGAAGACAUCCGGGAGCACCCCGUGUCCCCCUCGGCUCCGGGCGCCGCAGAGACGGUGGAGUUGGUGCGCUAUGAGCCGGAGCUGGUUCGACUGCUGGGUUCAGAGGUGGUCUUUGAGGCCUGGAGCAGCUGACGCGGGGAGGGGGACGGACCCUGGAGACACCCCUCCCUCCCUCUGCAGCCGUAGGACUGCACCGCAAGGCCAUCAUAUGGACCGACGAGAAAGCAGCCUUCGGUGGGCUGGGGCGCAGGGGUGCCACCCGCGGGGACCUCGCUGGCCCGUAGCAGCAGGUGCUUGCUGGCCCGCUCUGCCGUGGGCAUCGGUGGAGGGGGCCGGACGCGGCCCGCUCCCUCGUCCUGGAUUCUGAACUCUCGUCGGCCUGCUCGCAGCCCUCGGUGGUCUUGAAGCCUCUCUGUGGAACUGCAUCUCUUUCCUCCUCCCCACCCCAAGCUCUUCCAGAGUAUUUAUUUAAUUAGUAUAUUUAAUUUGUGGUGUUCUCCCCCCCCCCUUUUGCAGAGUCUGUAUCACUGUGAUUUGUGGGGCAGGUGAUGGGGAAGGCCACCCACCCUGGCUGGUCUGCUGUGAAGGACCAAGCGGCCCUUCCUUAGCCCCGUUUUCAUGAAAUGGGGGUGAGAGAGGUGAGAGGGGCCCCCAUCGUGUCUCCCCCCCCUGACGUUGAAGGCGACUCAGCUUCUGUUGAGGCAUUUUCCUUCUUUUCCCCUCCAACCUUUCUGUUAAUGUUAUUUCAUCUCUGAAAUUCAGCCUGCUGGUUUGGAGAGAGGCAGACAAGAGACUGAAUCAGGAGAGGGCCAAAGGCCAGCUGGUUUUUCCCCCACAGCCCUCUUCCUGCUCCCCGAUCUCUCUCUUCCUCCUGCCCCACAUUAUUUGAAAAAGCUCCCCUUUGUCAAUCAGUUCAGGCGGCAACCCAGUCGUUCCCGUACAGCGUGGGCAGCGGAGGCGUCCCCAGGGCAGAGGGCCGGGCCUGGCAUAGAUGGUACAGUUUUAUUGUACAGGUGCUAACAAAGACUGGACAAUCUGUUUUCUGGCCCUCCCAGGCACUGGAGGGGGGGGAGGGUGCAGGGGGGGUGCAGUGUUUUGGUGUUAACUUUUUUGUUAUUUUGUGUUGUGUUCCUCCACCCCUCCCCACUUCGGGAGCUGCAUUUCUUUGCACCUCUUUUCCCACGCUGAACCCCUGCCUCCCCCCCCAAGAAAUUUCUAAGCAGGCUGCCUCCUUCGUGGCCCUCCUCCUGCCUUCCAAGAAAACAAACCAUGCUCUUUUCUCUCUCUCUCUCUCUCUUUUUACGCCAGGGCUUUGGGCCUUGGGGGUGUGUGUUCCAGCUGCUGUUUUAUUUCCCCACACUUCUGAUUUGUUUUAUUCUUAAGCAACGCUUUGGUGUCAAAAACACUUAUGUACAGAAAAACCUGCAUCAGGG